AUGGAUAACAAAUCUCACAGGGUGCUGCUGCCAGCCGGGUCGCUAUUCUUCCUCAGAACUAUGAAUGGCAAGAAGGAGCAAGAUGCAGGAACGUAUUGGUGCGUGGCAAAGAAUGUGGCUGGAACUGUUUCAAGCAGAAAUGCUACGCUUCAAGUUGCUGUUCUUCGCGACGAGUUCAAAGCCACUCCAUCAAACACCCGGGUGGCUGCAGGCGAGACAGCGGUUCUGGAAUGUGGAGCACCCAGAGGACACCCCGAACCUUCCCUCGCCUGGAAAAAAGAUGGCUUCGAGAUGGACAUGGACGGCAAGAGGAUCAAGAUCCUUGAGAGCGGCAGUUUGAUGAUAGCGGAUGUGAGGCAGCAUGAUGAAGGAAAAUACCAGUGCGUUGCGCAUAAUUUGGUGGGAUCAAGGGAGACUGCGCCUGCUAUUCUAACAGUGCAUGGUACAGUUUUAAGAGAACAAAAUGCUAUAGAUGAUGACAUAGAAAAUUGGCACCAAUCAUCAGAUUCGAUUGACGAUCCAAUCUACGUACCUACCGGAGUAUUAUCCCACUCAUCUGGUGGAGACGAGCAUUCUGAACCUAGAGAAAAAAUUGCACAAAAACUUGGAAUUUCUGUUGAAGAAAAGAAGGGAAGAAAACGCACCCGAAAUUAA